CUCACAAGUUAUCAGUAUAAAUUUUCUGCCUCCAGCCAAACCAACCCACCAACAUUCUUAUCUCACUCCUCUUCCCCUCUCUCACUAAAAAACAAUGCACAAACUUAAGCAUAUGAGCCCUAUCUUCCUCUACCUCUACUUACUCUCAUCUUUCAAUGUGGGUUUGGCCGGAACCGGAGAGAAUUUCGGUUCGGUGUUAACCGGAGAGAACCCAUUUUCACCUAAAGCGUAUCUGAUUCGGUACUGGAAAAAACAGAUUUCCAACGACUUGCCCAAACCCUGGUUCCUUCUCAACAAGGCCUCUCCAAUGAGCGCCGUCGAAUCGGCGACUUUCACGAAACUCGCCGCUCAGAACUCGCUCUCCACCAACCUCCCAUCCUUCUGUUCCUCGGCCAACCUCCUCUGUUUCACCGAUUCAUCGCCCAGUCUCGAAAACCACGAUGACGCCGUUAACUUCGCCGUCUACCUCAACAAGAACUUCACCAAUUACGGGACGAGUCAACCCGGCGGAGUCGACUCGUUCAAGAACUACUCCGACGGCGAUAACCUCCCAGUCGACUCGUUCCGGCGCUACGGCCGUGACUCGGCGGGACACGAUUUGAAGUUUUCCAAUUAUGCUCCUGAUGCCAACGUCGUCGAUCAGAAGUUCAACACCUACGGCGCCGCUGCAACAGGCGGCACCGGCGAGUUCACGAACUACAACCAGUUUGUUAACAUCCCGAAUCUCCAAUUCACUUCCUAUUCCGCCGCCGGAAAUGGCCGGAAAGAGUCGUUUGAUUCGUAUUCCGACGACACCAAUUCCGGGUCUGAAUCGUUUUGGAGCUACGGGAAGGACGGUAAUGGAGCUGGAAAUGGGUUCAGUGGGUACGGGAAGGACUCGAAUGUGAUGGGUUCGAGCUUCAAUGGGUAUGGACAGUCUGCGAAUAGCGCCAACGAUUCGUUCGCGAAUUAUGGGUCUGAUGGGAAUGUACCUGAGAACAAUUUCAAGAACUAUGGUGAUGGUGGUAAUGCCGCCAAUGACGAGUUCAUGAAUUACAGAGAGAAAUCGAAUGUCGGUGAUGAUUCGUUUCAAUCGUAUGCGAAGAACUCUAAUUCAGGAGCUGCGAAAUUUAUGAACUAUGGACAAUCGUUCAACCAAGGUACAGACAAGUUCAAUGGGUAUGGAAAAGGCGGGUCGGGUCAGAAAAUUGGGUUCGAAACCUACGGAGUCAACAAUACAUUCGCAGAUUAUGAUAAGAAAAAGGGUGUCUCGUUUGCUAGAUAUCUCAAUGAGAGCUCUGCUGGAUCAUCAAUGGUGGACAGUGGCAAAUUCGUAAAUAGAUGGGUGGAGCCGGGUAAAUUUUUCAGGGAGAAGAUGAUGAAGGUUGGGACUGUGAUGCCAAUGCCGGACAUUCGUGAUAAAAUGCCGAAAAGGUCGUUUUUGCCCAGGGUGAUUUCGACUAAAUUACCGUUUUCGACAUCGAAGCUCUCUGACUUGAAGCAAAUCUUUCAUGCGAAUGAGAACUCGACCAUGGAGACUAUACUCGCGGACACGUUGAGCGAGUGCGAGCGGGUGCCAAGCCCGGGCGAGACCAAGCAAUGCGUGGGCUCGGCCGAGGACUUGAUCGAUUUUGUCAUCUCGGUCUUAGGUCGGAACGUAGCGGUUCGGACCACCCAAAACACCGAUGGGUCAAUGCAAAAUGUGAUGAUCGGGUCGGUCAAAGGAACCAAGGGCGGGAAAGUCACCGAGUCCGUUUCUUGUCAUCAAAGCUUGUUCCCUUACUUACUGUAUUACUGCCACUCGGUUCCCAAGGUUCGGGUAUAUGAAGCGGAUCUAUUGGAUCCAAUAUCGAAGGCCAAGAUCAAUCAUGGAGUUGCCAUCUGUCACUUGGAUACGUCCUCGUGGAGUGCGGGUCAUGGAGCUUUCUUGGCUCUGGGUUCGGGUCCAGGCAAAAUUGAGGUGUGUCAUUGGAUCUUUGAAAAUGACAUGACUUGGACUAUUGUUGAUUGAUUGUAAGCUGGGUUCGAACCUGGUGGUUACAAAACCAAGCCACGGGUUCGACACCCAUUUAAUCUUCGUUUCUUCAAGCAAGUCACAUUAAAGUUUUAUGGCUAGUUAGCCCUUUGAAAUUCAGAAUGAAUCAUAAAGUUUCUCAAAUGAAUAUAUAGUUUUGGUGAUUGCUCUUGUUUAAA